CUCCCUGCUCCCGCCAUUGGCAACCGCUAAUACCACCCAACCCACACGUGACAAGACCACCACAAUUCACCGCCGCCGCGGCCACCAUGGCCGCCGCCUCCACUCUCCUCCGCCUCCCCUCUCGGUCAGCCCCGAACUCCCAGGAUCCAGUCCCUAGGGUCUACCCUUCACUCCUCGCGCGUCCGACGCGCCGGCGCCUCCUCCGGGCCGCCAGCUGUUCGCCCUCCCCCCCGCCCCCGUCUGCGCCGCUCGAUUUCCCCCUCCUGCCGUUCCCGCCCGCCGAGGUGUUGAUACCAUCAGAAUGCAAGACUCUGCACUUGUAUGAAGCAAGGUAUCUAGCAUUGCUAGAAGAGGCCUUGUAUAGGAGGAAAAAUUCUCUUGUGCACUUUGUUCUCGAUCCAGUUUUAUCAAGCUCUUCUAAGGAUUCCUUUGCUGUAAGAUAUGGCUGUUUGGUCCAGAUAGAAAGUGUUCAAAAGCUGGAUCUUGGAGCAUUAGUCUCAAUAAGAGGUUUAUGCCGCGUGAACAUCAAGAACCUUCUGCAGAUGGAACCCUACUUGCGUGGUGAUAUUUCUCCUAUGAUGGACAAGUUUAGCGGCGGCACCGAACUGGGCAUGAGAAUUUCCAAACUAAGAGAGGGCAUGUGCAAUUUGCAUAGCCUUCAAAUGAAGCUUAAGGUACCUGAGGAUGAACCGCUGCAAACUAACAUCAAGAGCUCUCUACUGUGGUCUGAGAAAGAAAUUUUCGAAGACUAUGAUAAUGAAUUUAUUCCAGGUCUCCCGGAACGUCUCUCCUUUGCCGCGUACCAAUCAGUUUCAGGUAUGUCAGAUGCAGAACUUCUUACCCUGCAAAAAUACAAGAUAAAGGCAAUGGAUUUAACGGACACUCUGGAAAGAAUAAAUAGUGGAAUCGAGUAUGUAGAACACAAUAUCGGUAUGAUUGCCGCAAGACUGGCAAUUCAGAAUAUAUGAUCCUUGGUGCCACUUGCUCAAUCACUCGUAUAUCAUCAUCGUCGUCAUCAUCAUCAUCAUAGGAAGUGAGCACCUAGCUAGUACUUCUGAGAUCUAACUGAUGCUGAUGAUCCACACAAAGUCUAGUUACAUUCUCUGGCCACUUUGCAUGUGCAAUGUAUUCAAGGAGAGGUUCAACAGUCAUCACAGCAUCAUUAUUUUUGCCAUACUAUUGAUGUACUUCAGAGAGUACUAUGGAUUACAAUUAGAAUAACUCCAGCAACUUCAUUUGGGAUAACCCUUACAGGUCUGUUUUAGUUAAA